GUUCUGAUAAUCAUGAAUCUGCAAACAUUGUUUCAGGACUUUAAUCCAAGCAAAUUUUUGGUACACUCAUGUUUGAUGAUAUUUACAAUCUUGUUUGCACUUCGCUUGGAUGGUUUCAUAGAAUGGAGUUAUUGGACUGUAUUUACACCAGUAUGGUUUUGGAAGAGUAUGGUAAUUUUGGGUGCUACUGUUGGAAUUUAUGUUUGGUGGAGACAUCCUCAUGCAAGGAGGGAAGGAGAUGCUUAUGUACAUUAUAAAGCAAUGUUGAUUACUUUGGCAUUACAUUUGAUCUUGUUAAUGUUUGAAUUGUUAGUAUGUGAUAAAUUAGAAUCUAAAAGACACCUUUGGAUACUUGUAUUUAUACCACUUAUCUUCAUCUCUAUAGUGUCAAUAGCUGUAUGCAUAUGGGCUGCAAAACAUGAUCGAUCAUUUGAACUUGAAUUAUUUUGUGCAAUCAAUGUACUACAGUUCAUUUUCUUGGCAUUAAGACUAGACAGUUUUAUAACAUGGAGUUGGGAAGUAGUGUUUGCUCCCUCAUGGGCACUUUUAUCCUUAUCUCUAGUUGCAGUUCUAUAUGCAAUAGUAUUUGCUGCUGUUUUAUUAAGAACUCCACAAAUUAAUGCUAGACAGAGGCGGACAUCCUUGAAUUCAGCAUUGGCAUACACAUUUCUUGUGGUUCCAAUCUUAGUGUUCCAAAUAUUACUAGCAAAUAAAUUGGAUGGAGAUAUUUCACUGAAUUAUACUACAGUAGCAAUGCCACUUCUAAUAUCUCACAUAACACUUAUCUUUAUGUCUUUUGAUGCAAAAGGGGGAAACAGAUGGUGGUUUGGUAUUAGAAAAGACUUUUGUCAUUUUCUAUUGGGAUUAUGCCCAUUGCUUCAAGAAUAUGGUAAUAUUUCUUACCAGCCAAGAAGUGAUCAAGACCAGCCACCAUCAGAACCAAUGGUUUCAGAAAAAAGUGAAAAACAUGUUAAAAAAAUUGACCUAACAAAACCUGUUGUACCUAUAAUUUCCAUUGAUAUGCCAGAUUGAUUGUUUUAUUUAGGAUCGAUUCGGGUAUUUGAAAUGCUUUUAUUGAUAUGACUGGUUCACACUAGAAGCCAUAUCUUAACAAGUAACAG